AGCAGACUAGGACAAUAUUGGCCCAGCGUGGAUGUUGUUACCCCUAUUCUGGGGAUGUUAGCAUCACUUAUCAUUCAUUUUUAGACAUAGUAAACACUGGAUAUAUCAGUUAUUUAUUCGAAAUAUUAAAGCACCAAAGCCCAAAUCAGGAACACUGCACUCGCGCUCUCUUCUCAACAUCUGGCACCUAGCAUUCAACCCCUCUACUUUGUGCCUACAGUACAACCUGCACUCCCCCUUUCUCUCAGUCUCUCUGUCUGUCUGUCUCUCUCUCUCUCUCUCCGCCUCCCACUCCCCUCCCAGCUCCCCCCUCAGCAUUCCUGAUGCGUACGAACAGUAAGGUGACGCAGCGUGAGCACACCAAUGAGCAUGUCACAGAGUCGGUGGCAGACCUGCUCGCUCACGAAGAGCCUCUCGACUACAAGAACAGGUCUCUGAAUGUUGGAGGGGUCCCCGGGAAGAAGAUCGUUCUUGAGCCCCCCGAGAACGAUGGCCGCCCGGCCUGGAAUAGCAAGCUGCAGUACAUCCUGGCCCAGGUGGGCUUCUCUGUGGGGCUAGGAAACGUCUGGCGCUUCCUUUACCUGUGCCAAAAGAAUGGAGGAGGUGCCUACCUGGUCCCAUACUUCAUCCUCCUCAUCCUCAUCGGCAUCCCACUCUUCUUCCUGGAGCUGGCGGUGGGCCAGAAGAUCCGUCGUGGGAGCAUCGGGGUGUGGAACUAUGCGUGCCCCCGCCUGGGCGGGAUAGGGGUGUCCAGUCUAAUGGUGUGUGGCUUUGUGGGGCUCUACUACAAUGUCAUCAUCGGCUGGAGCAUAUUCUACUUCUUCCAGUCCUUCCAGUACCCACUGCCAUGGGCCGAAUGCCCUAUCAGGAGGAAUGGAUCAUUAGCAAUCGUGGAGCCUGAGUGUGAGAAAAGCUCGGCCACCACCUACUUUUGGUACCGCCAGACCCUGAAUACCACCAGCACCAUCGCAGAUAGCGGCGGCCUGAACGUCAAGAUGACCCUGUCUCUGCUGGUGGCCUGGAUCAUCGUCUGCCUGGCUGUCAUCAGAGGUAUCGCGUCCUCCGGGAAGGUGAUGUACUUCAGCUCUCUGUUCCCCUACGUGGUGCUCUUCUGUUUCCUGGUGAGAGGUUUGCUGUUGAAGGGCGCUGUGGAUGGCAUCGCACACAUGUUCACUCCCAAGCUGGAGAAGAUGCUGGAGCCCCAGGUUUGGAGGGAGGCAGCCACACAGGUGUUUUUUGCCCUUGGCCUGGGCUUCGGUGGAGUCAUCGCCUUCUCCAGCUACAACAAGAUAGACAACAACUGCCACUUUGACGCCGUGCUCGUCUCCUUUAUCAACUUUGUCACCUCCAUCCUGGCUACUCUGGUGGUGUUCGCUGUGCUGGGCUUCAAGGCAAACCUUAUGAACGAGAAGUGUGUCAUAGAGAAUGCAGAGAAGAUCCUUGGCUACCUGAACUCUAACGUGCUGAGUCAUGACCUCAUUCCGCCACACGUCAACUUCUCCCAGCUGUCCACCGUAGAUUACGCUGAGAUAUACGGCGUCAUCAAGACUGUGAAGGAGGGCAGCUUCGCCGAGCUGGGCCUGGACCCCUGUGUCCUGGAGGAUGAGCUCAACAAGUCAGUGCAGGGUACAGGAUUGGCCUUCAUUGCCUUCACAGAGGCCAUGACUCAUUUCCCGGCCUCUCCCUUCUGGUCCGUCAUGUUCUUCUUCAUGCUCAUCAACCUGGGCCUGGGCAGUAUGAUCGGCACCAUGACAGGCAUCACCACGCCCGUCCUUGACACCUACAAGGUCCAGAAGGAGCUCUUCACAGUGUGCUGCUGCAUCAUAGCAUUUUUCUGUGGCCUGCUCUUCGUCCAGCGCUCUGGGAACUACUUUGUCACCAUGUUUGAUGACUACUCCGCUGGUCUGCCACUCACUGUCGUGGUCAUCCUAGAGAAUGUGUCAGUGGCCUGGAUCUACGGCACCAAGAGGUUUAUGCAGGACCUGGAGGACAUGUUGGGUUUCCGGCCCAAUGCCUUCUAUUUCUACAUGUGGAAGUAUGUCUCCCCUUGUUGUCUCAUCGUUCUCAUUAUGGCUACUGUCAUCGAGAUGGCCAUCAGCCCGCCAGGGUACAAUGCAUGGGUGGAGGAACUGGCUCAGGAGCGUUUCCAGAGCUACCCUCCCUGGGCAUUGGCCAUGUGCUUUUCCCUCAUCGUGGUGGCCAUGCUUCCUCUCCCCAUCGUCUUCAUCGCCCGCCACUUUAACCUGAUGUCUGACGGCUCCAACAAGCUGUCCGUCUCCUACCGCAAGAGCAUGAUGAAGGACAUCUCCAACCUGGAGGUGGACGAGACACGCUUCAUCCUGGGCAAGAACCCAGGAGAGACACCUUCGCCCAAGUCCCCGUCCCAAGCCUACCUGGUCCCCCCAGGCACCAAACCCCUGGAAAACCCCAACUCCCUGUCAGCCAACAGCUGCUACGGGACGGGCUUGCAGAACACCAUCAGCCCCACAACCCCCACCACCCCCGUCACCCCCACCGUCCCUGAGUGCGACUCAUGAUCACUGUCCAUCCUCUUCAUGUCCCUCCCCCUAGCCUGACCCUAAACCCCUAACGAUCACCCUCCUACAGGCCAACUCACACUUAACCCUACAGAGUCUCACCACCAGGGGGUGCUGCAGCGCUGCCCAAAACACCUCCACCCUCAGCUAUUUGUGAUCCUUAUCACAGGACACCCCUCUCCCCUCUCCAACAUACCCAGAGGUUAGAGUUUACUGCAGCAGGGGCUGCCACACAGGCCUCUGCUUUUACGAGGAACCACGUGGUCAGGUGUCUGAGAUGUUACAGUGGUGUGUAUCUAUUCCUAAAAAGGUUUUUCGAAAUGUUUGCAAAUGUAUAAAAAAUAAAAACAGACAUAAGUAUUCAGACCCUUUGCUAUGA